AUGAAGGGAUAUUUAAGAAAGGGAUUGCAUUCCCCCAAUGCUCUUCUGUAUAGCGUCAUCUUUUCACUGAGUCUUGUAGUGGCGGUGCGAUGUUUCACAAAUCGCUGGAGCUCCCAGAUGCGACUUCGAUCCAGGGUGAUAGUUCUGGCCUCUGUAAAAAAAAUCGUGGAGGAGUGGGAGGAGCCAUGCCUGCUGGAGGUGGAUAAACUAAUGACUGCGUCCACGACAGUUGACGUGCACCAUAAACGAUUUUUAAACCUCCAUGAAGAAAAUGAGAAAGUGAAGAGUGACGUUGCCCCUUUUCAUGGUGCCGUGUGUUCCAUGGCGUAUGCACCUGCGGUAAAUGUGGGCCAAUGGCUGCGUCUUUGGUAUGUUGGCCGUUAUCUGUGUGCAUCAGCGGUGGAAGACAUGCUAUGGAUGCAAAGACUGGGUUAUAUCAUCAAGUUUGUUGCAUUUCGACGACUCACUUUGAUGGCGGAAGCGCGGUAUUAUGCAGCGCUCUGGCGCAGUGCCCUCUACGGAGGAAGUGGGGAUCAUGCGGCGAUGGACGUUCCUGCUCCACGUAUGCCUUUAUGGCUUGUAGGGCGACGCCCUUUUUGGAUUGUACCUUUAUCUGGGAAGGAUUCAGGGCAUUAUCUCUGCCUUCCAUUGAGUUAUUUCCCUGUUGAGGCCAUCCUCACUAGUACCGCAGAGGAAACAUGGAUCAAGAAACUUGUGGAUAUCUUGCCGCUUCUGUCAGAAGAGUUUUCUUUGCGUUAUAUUUCUGAUACGUUGAGGACACGGCGUACAAUUCGUCUUGUGCGUCUUCUUUUUCAGUGGAAAUUCCCUUCUUCGUGGCAGCUGUUAUGGAAUGAGAUUGAUCGUUUAUUCCUUACAUAUGCCACACCGUUGGCGAAGGGGCAACUUCAGCGAGGUGAAGCGGUGUGUCGUCGUUUCUACGAAGAGAAACUGUUUGAAGGGGUUGAAUUGGUGACAGGUGAAGGGAUUGACAUGGAAGAUGGGGAGGACGGUGUUUUUUACCCCACACGUAAUAAACGAAAGAGGUGCGUCGGAUGUGAUGUGUUGCUACGGGACGUGCGUGUCUCGCGUCGGCUACAGAUGCUACUACACCUGCGUUCACUGAGUCAUGCCGUCCGUGUUGGUAUAGGUUUGAUGGCACCACAGUACAACUUCUUUGCGGAAUGGAUGCUGUUGAAAUUUCUUUCCCCCACCACAACUGAUGGGGAUCGUCAUAAAAUUCUUAUGGGGUUUUCAGGGCAUGUUCUUCGGGAUACGCUUGGGGCCAUAAUGAGGGCCGUGAUUUGGUCUUUGGAUGACUCUGUCAAGGCAAACAUAUGCGCCGUAUUGCGCAACGAAUUGCACCAUGAACUGAAUGUGAAAUUGGCCACGGCGGAUGAAGCCUUUUUGAGGCGCUGCAUUGAAGAAGGCAUUGCAGGACGGGACAAUCCGGUCGAGAAGUCGUCGUCUUAUGCCGGGCAUGUGGCGUCGCAAAUUCUUGGCCGGUUCGAUUACGAGCGGCGAGGAGUGAUGGCGCGCAUUAUUGUGGUUCUGCUCAGUAUAUGGCGACGCGAGAUUGGCGUUGCAUUGUUUGCUGCCAUUGUUGCGUUGUUUGAUUACCACGAGACGGCGCAUGUUCUCAGCUGUUGGCUGGGCAUCACGGUUCAUAAGGAGUUGUACCAUGAGCUAGCGCAAAUGGAGGAGGAAGGGCUUCCGCCUGCAGAGCCGCGCUACGGACUCCGCCUUAUGAUGGACGUCUUGGCAGGGGAGGGGGGAAGAAACGAGGAGACGAGGCCUCGUACAUGCCAGCGGAACAAAAAAUCUCACCCGUGUCUCGCACUUAUCGUCUGUGGGGGAAAUUUUCUAUUGGACUGGCCGCUCUCAGCGAAUACAUUCCCGGAGAGCAAUGGCGACACCACAACUCGGCAUCAUCUUAAGGCGCUUGAAAGGCUUCUGGAUGAUGUCGUCAACAGUGGGGACUAUUCUCUUGUGGCAACGGAAUCAUCUACGUGCCGGCAAAAACUAUGUGGAGGUUCGCUUAUAGAAAGUCUUAGGCUGAACGCCGCAUUUGUUCGGGAAUUUGUGUUAAAAGUGGCUCUUCAAACCUCCGAGGCACCGGUGACUGCUGGAAUAGGAACGAGGGACUUUGGUAAAGGACACGCUUUGCAUAAGAAAGCGGAAUCCAUUCUGCAUUCUGAAGAAAUUGCUCUCUUACAAAAUCCGCAAGGUAUGAGUCAUAUUCCGCGAACACUCUCCUUUCAUGAUGUGUUCGAUAAACCACCGCGAUUUAUUCUUCGUCAGCUUGGCCUCGAGACGGUCUUCGCUUACAGGGCAGCCAUGGUAGCUAAUCAAAACGAAUUUCGUUCUCUCACAGAGUCUCUUGUUGAUUUUGUAUCGAGUCCUUUUCAUAAUGUUUUUGCACGAACGUUUGUGCAUCUGAUGGAAUUUACAGAACGAGUAAUUUUUUACGCCAUCUUCAGCCCAUAUGUAAAGUCGCCCUGGAAAUCGUGGCCAAUCAUUCGCCACCUUGUUUCUCCGGCUUUGUGCGGCAGUGGAGUUCACCGUACAGGAGAAGAUACAUUUGGCGUUUUGGGUGGCGUUUCGCUUUUGGGACGCAUGAGUGGCUACCGUGCCACAUUGAAGGUGUACGGUGAUGAUAGCUUUGGGCCUCCUUUUCUUUUAUGCGUGCAGCUUUCCCGCCAUUUGCCAACUACUUUGCAUGAUGCUUCUCCGACUCAUUAUGCGCCACCACUGAUGGAGCGCCGCCGGGCGUGGAGAAGGGUCAUUCAACUUCAUGGGGAAGUUGAAUUUGAUAACAUUGGCCGCAUUGUUGGCGGAUUUUCGUUGUUAAAAGGGAUUGAUUUUUGUGGUGUUUACUUUGCCUACCCGCAGCUUCAUCAUCACGUGGAAGAUGGAUCCCUGCAACCCACUUUGUCGAACAUUACUGUGCGAUUUCCAGUUGGCCAAAUGACGGCUAUCACUGGACCAACAGGAUCUGGAAAAAGCACUAUGAUAAGUCUGCUAAAACGCAUGUAUGAUCCUUUGCCGAAAUUGCGAAUUAAUGAGGAAUACAAUGCAUGGUGUAAUAGCCAAGCUUUAAUUGAUGUUCUUCGUCAUUGUUUAUGUGCGAGCACGCCACCCACCACAGAUGGAACUGUGAACAAUAUUAUUUUAAUUGACAAUAUUCCUAUAGGGUUUUUUUCCACUUCCUAUUUGCGGUCGGCAGUAGGGAUGCUGGAGCAAGCGCCGUGUAUUUUUGAAAGACUUACCUAUUAUGAGAACUUUUCUCUGUUUGCCCCCGGUGUUUUCAUGGAGGAUGUCGUGAGGGCGGCGAAACUGUGUCGCUGCGAGGGAUUUGUUGAGUCCCGUGCCCUUGCAUACGACGACUUUGCGGGGCCCUUGAGUUCGGGGGAAAAGCAACGCCUGGCACUUGCUCGUGCAAUCCUAAUCGGCUGCAGGGGGUUGAAGGUGCUCCUGUGUGAUGAGCCGACUGCCCGUUUGGAUGGGUACAAUGAAAGCCUUGUCGAGGAGGCAUUAAGGGGGUUGCUGGGACCGCCUCGCUGCAUGACGAUCGUCGUUGUCUCCCAUCGUCUUUCGACGAUCCGAAACGCUACCCACGUUGUUGUUUUGAACGAGGGCCAUGUGGAGUUCCAGGGUUUCUUGAAGGACGCGAGGAAGUCAUGUUGGUAUUUUCAGCGCAUCGCGGAGGCUCAGGCAUUACACGCCUAA